CAAACUGACAACUUUCCUUGUCCUUGCAAGGAUUUUUUGACUGUUACCUGCCAUAAAUAAUUGCCUGAUUGUCAGUGCAGGAGGUUUUACAUGUACAGUUUCCUCUUUGAUCCAUGUGCUUGGCAACAUGUGGCACAGCAUGUUAAAAGGCAGUCGGUAGCAUAUGGGUUAAAAAACAAAACUUAAAAAUCAAAAAGAUUCUAAAAGCCUUUUCAAUUCAAAGAUCUUAACUUGCAGAGUCUUCAAAAGUUCCUGGAAAAAAGAUUGAGAAGUUCUUCUAGAUCAAACCAAAUAAUUUUUGCCUUCAUGGAUUUUUGUGCAAUUUCAUGCCCCAAGGAAAAUGAGCCAGAUCGCUGUGUGGACAUCAGCUGCACAUGCUUUCAUAUGCACCCUCGUUAUAUUAAUGGACUGUUUUUACCAUCGACUAGCAAUAUCAUAGGCAGUCUUGAUUAUCAGGAAUGGGAAGAAAAACAUACCGACUUUGAAUAUACAGCAAUAAGCCAAGGUGACAUGUGCAUACCCAUUCAUCCAUUUCUAGUUUUUACCCUAAAUGCAUCUGAAGAUGAUGACGAAAGUGACAAAGAUGAAAACAAAAAUGAAGAUGGUGAUAAUAUAGAGCCAAGAGUAAAGACCUCAGAGGAAAUAGAAGAGGAAAAGAUGUUAAUUAAUAUAUAUCGCCAAGCAGGACAGUACUAUAAAGUUAGCUAUUCUUUUGAAAUACCUUUGCCUAAUGCUAUGGAUAGAAAGGAUCAGAUGCAUUUUAAUGCUUCAAAAGACCCACAGGAAGAUGGCGAUUUUACUUUUUCACAGGGAUCUAUGCAUGAAAAAGAAUUAUCUAUGGACCUCAGUAGUGAAAAACAACAAAAUGAUUCUUAGAAUUCAAAAUGUUCUGAGCAAAGAAACAGCGAACAUUCUGAAUGUCAAGCAGAAGCAAAAUGGUAUUGUUAUAAUUUGUGAAAAUGUAUAAAUGUUGUACUGUAUGCAUUUUAUCUCUUUUAUAACCCUUAUAUGCACUCUAAAUAAAGUGUGGCAACAUCUCUAGA